AUGGGAAAAUUUGGAAGGGAAGUAAAACAUGAAAGAGAGGGAGAUGUUGACCCAUCCACCCAUUGGGAUGAAUGAAAAGAGUUAAUAAUUCCAAUUUCCAACCUCAUCAAAUCAUACCAAACUCAUCACUGUAUUUGUUUCAAACUUAGUAGCAGUAUUGUACUACUACUGACAAUUACCAAAAGAACACAAAAAGAGAAGCACCUAGACAGAAUCUUUGUUGUCUUAUGUAACCAACUGCACCACACAUUUUUAUUUUUUUUACAAGGUUGUCGUGUCUUAGUAGUAGUCAUGGUUUGUGAGGAGGAAUCUCCAUCCACAACUCAGCUUCUCAAUAUCUCUUCUGCUCAUUCCUCCUAUAGCUUCCGUGAACUCGAUGAUGCAUUCUUGCAGACUCAAACAAGAAUCUGGUUAGGAGAAGUGUUGCAGAUAAGAUUAGAUGAGCAACUCAUUAUAUCAGAACUACUUGCUGAUGGAGAAUUGCUGUUUCAAGUGUCCAAAGUGAUGUGGAAAUUGCUAUUGGAAAAGCAUAUGGAGCUUAGGCACAUAAAAGCAUACAAAAGUCAUCCAUUUUCUUCUAAGAGGAAUAGUGGGAUAUACAGGCCUUAUUCUAAUGUUGAUUCAUUUCUGAAGAUUUGCAAAAUCUUGGGUUUGACUGGGAUUGACCUCUUCACUCCAUCAGAUGUAGUUGAGAGAAGAAAUACGCGAAAAGUUUGUAUGUGUAUCCGCUCAUUCUCAAAAAAAUCAAGGUCUAUGAGUAUUAAUGUUCCAGAUUUUGAUAUUGUGACAUGUAAGGUAGCCAUGCCUAAGGAUAUGGUUGGAUGCAUCCGCAGAAGCAUAGAGCUGUCUCGCAGCGUCCUAACAGAUUCUUCUAGCCUCCACUUACAGAAGCAGGCACGACGGAAAUCUUGUCAGGGUUACUCAGUUACAAGCUCCAAUAGAGACUACGCGACAUAUUCAGACCCCACUAAUGACACGGAAAUCAUGCAUCCAUUUCCUCAAUCACAUGACUUACAUGCUGAUGAUGACUUGUAUGAUUACAAGUCAGAGAUAAGCUACAAUAUACCGGAUUUAAUGGUUGAAAGUGCGUUUGUGUCAGGAGAUUUAGGUCAAUCGGAUGUUCAAAACCAACAGAGAAAUGAGAUUUCUAAUGAUGAGUUUGAAUUGUUAUCUUCAAUGGAAUCAUUGGAAUAUCAUUGCUCUGACGAUAAAGAGCAUGAACAUGAUUGGAAGCUGACCUGGCCGUUAUCUUCUUCUUGUGGAGAUCUAAACAUGGACGUAAUUGAUGUGACACCUCAUCUAGAUACUAGAGUAGAGCAAUAUCAAGAAAGUAGAAUCGUGGACUAUAAUUACUUUAAGCAUGCUUCGUUUAGAAAUGGCGUUUCUGUCACUGGGACUCCUACAAACGACAAAACAUCGGCUAUGGAUGCUACACCAUAUGCAAAAAAUAAAAAGGAUUGUGAUAUGAUUGGUGAAGUAAAUAGUACACCAAAUGUACAUCAAAGUGCUAGCUCUCAAGGUUCAAACCCAACUCCACAGUCUAUUGAAAGUGGUAGUUGUUUUGAUGUUUCUGAUAAUAUGGAGGUUCUGCAAGUAGCUGGCACGAGCUGUUUGACAAGGGAACCACUGAACUUGGGAGAUCUACUUGAUGCAGAGAAAAACGUCCAGAACAUUGAGUCCUUUAAAUCGCAUACUGACAAGAAUGAUCAGUGGGACAAGAUAAGAGAAUUUGAAGCGCAAGACAUAAUGAAAUCCAAGGAGUUGGUAUACGAUAUCGCUUCCAGCGAAAGAAGUUCAUAUCCUGUAAAUAAAUUUGAGGAAAUCGAGGGCUCAUUAUAUUUUCCUGACCGUCACUUCUGCAAUACAAACUCUUCAGAUCGAGCUGUACCUCAUAGCAAUGACAUUAGUUCAACUAUACUGAAAAAAUCUCUAGCAUAUGAAGACAUGGAACCUCAAGUUGAUUCAAGGUGCUCAAAUAAUGCUAGUUGUAACCAAUCCGGGGAGCUUCUAUCCUGUUACUCUUAUUAUUUGCCUGAGUUUUGUAAAUGGGAUCAGAAAGGAAAAUGUGUUAUGGCAUCAAAUAUAGUGAAAGAUGACCAAAGUUCGUCAUGUCUUUUAGAGGAUGGCUCUCAUAAGGAAACUGUACCUUGUAAACAAAAGGAUUCUGAAAUCUUGAUGUCCAAGGUUAUGUUGUCUUGCGUGCCAAGCGAGGAAGGUAUAGUUAAUACAGCUGCUAUAAAGUUUGACAGUGGUGGUAAAUUAUACAAUGGUUGUUUGGAUCUUGCAUCUAAUGCUCUAGAUGUCGAUAAAUGUCCCGCUCAAGGGGAUGACUCUAAUGAUUCCUAUGGCAAAGGUGUCACAACUCAAGGCAUUGGAGAUGGACGUCAGAGAAUACCAUAUAUGAUAACCAAUGAUGUUGUAGCUGUUACCAACUGUGAUGAAGAUGUAUCUCACAUUGGAUGCGGCCCAACAAAUCAAAGCUCAAAACAUGAAUGCAAUGACAUUCACCAAGAAUGUUAUUACGACAAGGAUCAUAUUUACCACCCAGAACAUACUCUAAUGCAUAUUAAAGAAGAAAUAAAACCAGAAGAUGAGAGCGUGCACUCCUCAGAAUAUUUAGUUGAAAUAGAAGGUGUAGAAAUACCAAAAUCAAAACCCCAAAAGAAGCUACUGUUAAGAUCAGUCUUGGGUGGUGCCACUGCUGUUGGUUUGCUAUUCAUGUUUUUGCAUCUAAGGAAGAAUGGUGGUGAAAAAGCUGCACAACCAAGUAAAACAUCUAGUCAUAAAAACAAAGAGAAGAUUCAGAAAAACUCAAGUGAUAAUGUAAACAAGAUAAGUACAACAAAAGGGGUUUAUCCAGCUAAAAAGCUCCACUUAAAGUGAUUGAUGGUGUGACACAAGUAGUACAAUCUUGGACCCCUUAAUCAUUUGGUCAAGAGUUCAAUGACCAACGCAUGGAAAAUACAUGUUGAGAGAGGUCAACACUUUAAUGAAUCCUAAUUAUCUUAAGGGAUUAGUCUCAACAAUUACAUGUGAGGGGUACAUUGGUUUACCUAAAAAAAAAUAGUGAUUAUGAUUUAGGUUUCUUAAACACAGAAAAUAAUAAAGGUUAAAAGAGGUAAUAGAUUCAGUUUUUUAAUGAGUUUAA